AUGAAGGCUUGGGAGGCGACUGUCCGCAGAACACAGGCCGCGGCCAAAAAACGAGCCAACACGAUCUUCGGCACGUCUUACCCAGUCGAGAACAACACGAACGCCGUCGAAGAUCAAGAAACGAACGACGACCUGGAUGAGGAAACACACGCUCCCGGUGAGGUCUACCACGCGGAGAAAUUCCUCCCCAAUGGCGACUACUACGCUGGCUAUUGGGCCGACAGCUUCCCACAUGGGCAGGGCAAGUAUUGGUGGACCGACGGUUGUAUGUACGUUGGUGAGUGGUUUAAAGGAAAAACGAUGGGUAAAGGCGUAUUCAGCUGGCCUUCUGGCGCAAUGUACGAAGGGAAUUUCAAAAGCGGGUUCAUGGAUGGUGAGGGAACUUACACGGGAGCAAACGGGGGCACGUAUAAAGGCUCGUGGGUGAUGAAUCUAAAGCACGGUUAUGGUAUAAAGGAGUACGCGAACGGGGAUAGCUACGAAGGCGAAUGGAGCCGUGGUUCGCAAGAAGGGCAAGGGAAGUACCAAUGGAAAAAGGGGAACUUUUACGUUGGGGAGUGGAAGAACGGGAGGAUUUGCGGCGGCGGGAGGAUGAUGUGGACGAAUGGGAACGCGUACGAGGGGAGUUGGGAAGACGGAGUGCCGAAAGGGAACGGGACUUUCAAGUGGGCCGACGGGAGUUUCUACGUCGGGAACUGGUCGAGCGACCCCAAGGAGCAGAACGGGACUUACUACCCGUCGUCCGGUUCGCUUCUGGUCGAGUGGGACCCGCAAGAGGUUUACGCGAGCGAUUUGAAGGAUUGUAAGUGUUUGGAAAUAGUUAAUAAGGAGGAAAAUGGGAGGGUUGAGAUGAAAUGGGCUUGUAGGCACUUUUUGUUUGUGCUAGUAGCUGAGAAUCGAUUUUCCGUUUUUGUUUUCUUUUCCAAGUGUUUGCAUAUAGUUACUAAGGAGAAAAAUGGGAAGGCUGAGAUGCAUUCAGUGGGCCGACCUGGACCUCCUCCAUCGCUCGAUUUGAAGCCAUCAGCUUUCGACCCUAAGGAGAAAUUUUGGACGAAAUUUCCUCCCGAGGGUUCCAAAAUUACACCACCCCACCAAUCUUGUGAGUUUAAAUGGAAAGAUUAUUGCCCCAAAGUAUUCAGGACACUGAGAAUGUUAUUCAAAGUGGAUCCAGCAGAUUAUAUGCUAUCGAUAUGCGGCAAUGAUGCAUUGCGGGAGCUUUCAUCUCCCGGUAAAAGCGGAAGCUUUUUUUACUUGACCAAUGAUGAUCGUUACAUGAUAAAGACAAUGAAGAAAGCUGAAGUGAAAGUUCUCCUGAGGAUGCUGAACGCAUAUUAUAAUCACGUUCGAGCCUUUGAGAACACGCUAGUGACCAAAUAUUUCGGCCUGCAUUGUGUCAAGUUGAACGGACAGAAGGUUCGGUUUAUCAUCAUGGGAAAUCUAUUCUGUUCAGAGUACACUAUUCACAGAAGAUAUGAUUUGAAAGGAUCGACUUUUGGCCGGCUGACAGAUAAGCCCGAAUCAGAAAUCGAUGCAAACACAACACUCAAAGAUCUCGAUCUCAACUUCAUUUUCCGGCUCCAAAAGACUUGGUUCCAAGAAUUCAGAAGACAAGUCGACCGGGACUGUGAGUUUCUUGAACAAGAGAGGAUUAUGGAUUACAGCCUUUUGGUUGGUCUUCAUUUUACAGAGGCAUCGAACGACGAGCACACUCCAACUGGGACUUUAACCCCUGUCGAUAAUGGUGGUUCAGACGAAUCAGUUCCACGUUUAUCCCGAGCAGAUGUAGACCAGUUGCUUUUAGACCCUGCCGGGUGGGCCAGCAUUCGACUCGGGAUCAACAUGCCAGCUCGUGUCGAAAGAACCGAAAGGAAACAAGACACGGAGCUUCAGUUGGUAGGUGAGCCCACGGGAGAAUAUUACGAUGUGGUAAUGUUCUUCGGCAUUAUCGACAUUCUUCAGGAUUAUGACAUCACCAAGAAACUCGAGCACGCGUACAAAUCCAUUCAAUACGACCCCAACUCCAUAUCAGCAGUCGACCCGAAACAGUACUCGAGGCGUUUUCGUGACUACAUUUUGAAAGCUUUUGCCGAGGACACGUAAGAUGCGCGGUUUUCGUGGGUUUUCUGCGCUUUUAUUUUUAUUUUUAUUUUUU